AGCUCGAGCCCCGGAGCCAGUCAGAUCGCGCAGGAGCGCGGCCAGAGCGGCGGCAGCCCUAUCGCUGGCCGGGCAGCGACAGGUAGCCUAACGAGAGCGACACAGAGCGAUGGCCGAUCCCUUACGCCGGACUCUCUUCGCCAAACUGAGGGGAAAGAAGUCCAAGAAGUCGCCGGGCGGCGGGACGAGGAGCCAGGAAGGUAAAGCGAAGCCUCCCAAGGAGCGGCGUCGGCGGCAGCAGCAGCAGCAACAAGAGGCCGGGCCCGGGGUAGUGGUUGGCGGUGCGAAAGUUUUAGCAGGGUCGGGGAGCAACGGCGGAGAGGAGCAGGAGCAGGAGGAGGAGGAAGAGGAGGAGGAGGAGGAGGAGACGAGGAUCCCCGGCAUCGCCAGCGGGCUUGGAGCGCAGAGCCCGGUGCCAGCGGACGAGCCCGGGAUCGCAGCCCAGGAGAUGCAGCCCGCGAGCGGGGUGCAGGCGGCGGGGGGAGCCGGCUGCCCGCCGGAGGCGAACGGCAUCCUCUGCAUCGGCGUGGCAGGGCUUGUAGCGGGUGCCCUGACUGGCUUGGAGCUGAUGGAGAUGUCGGGCUCCCCUCUCCCUACUCCCCUGCAUGCAUCCCCCAGCCCCGGGCAGCAGCAGCCCAGCCGCAGGCAAUCCAUCCACUCACUAGACAGCCAGGAGGAGGAGGAGGAGGAGGAGGAGGAUUACUAUGAUAACCAGUGUUUGCAGGGCUACUACGAGCCCGACAUUCGAGGCUUGAGGUGCCCCAACCUGCCCACCGUCCCGCAGUCUCACUUGCAGACUGUCCUCUCCCAGAACUGUAACAGGCACAGGAAGCACAGCCUCGACAGUGCCCAGGAGAAAGAGAGGCUCAGGACCCAGUUGCAAGAAGCCUAUUAUCUGCUCAUACAUGCAAUGCAUGACAUGCCAAUGGAUAACCCUGCAAGUAAUAGAUUGGGUGGUGUGAGCUGCCAUUCACAGGAUAGUGUUUGCACGCAGUCAUCAGUUAGGGUUAUAGACAGUGACGCUUGGUCCUCUGAUGAGAUUAGCCUGCAGCAACAGGUAUCCGAUACAGAUUCUCUGCCAGGUAAACACACUGGGUCUCCCAAGAAAGAAUUUGCCAGCAAAAGCAUUGCAAACCUAGUUAGCGUGAUAGGCAGACCAUCUUUGCCACGAUCAGUGAGUGAUGGGGUUAUUAAUUAUGCUAAUGUAUCUUGUCUCAGUGACACUGAAUCGAAAGAUGAACAGUCAGAACACACUGUGCAUUUUCGUGCUUUCAGAGGUCUUCACAAUGAAGGCCAGGCUUCCUGCAAUGCUGGGAGCUCACAUCCUAGUCAUUCGCCCUCAGUUAACACUUCAGUGUGUGUUAAGGAUGUAAUUCAGUCUUCUGAAGGUAGCAUGAUGUUGUUUAAGGACUCUAGCUGUGAUGUGAAUAAGUUGAGAGAUUCCAGUGACAUGGUCUGUGGAUCAUGUGGCAAACAAGAUGAUAGCCAGGGAUGCUCUUUAAAACCACCUGCAGUGACAGUCAACAAAAUGCAAGAAUGGAUGCACAGAGGACGCAUGCUGUCCUUGGAGAUGAAAGAGCGUAUUAGUGGGUCUGUCAGAGUCAGUAUGCCAUCUGGUUCAUUGCCAGGUCAGGCAACCAGCAAAGAAGUAGAAGUACAGAAGACCAGUUUCCCUGCUGCUAUAAGAGUACAAGGAAACAAAACAGCACCGUCCCCUACCAGCCAGAGAGUCUUGCUGACAGAUUUCAUUGAAAAUGUUCAUGCUUCUUCAGUUAGCAAGAGAGAAUUGAAAGCCAAUGAAGCUAACGAACUCAAUGACCACAGGCCGCACAUAAACAACAUCACCGUAUCCAAAAAAAGAAACUGGCUGCAGCAAAGCACUCUCAAUCCUUACUUGAAUGAAGAGACCAAUGCUCCUGUAACAGUAGAGCUAACAAAUUAUGCAAGUGGCCUAAGCCCCUUACAAGAAAGCAGGCAGCAGCUUGCAGAUCCACCAAGAGAGCACAUCCGACAAAAUGACCCAAAGCAUGCUGCAGAGAACUCUCUGGAUCAUAGUGAAGAAAAUGAUGCAGAUGAUGAGGGGGAGAUAUGGUACAAUCCCAUCCCAGAAGAUGAAGAAGUUGAUCUACCACAAGUUCAGUCCCCUCCCAGGAUUUCAGUGGCUAGAAUUGAUAAUUCAAGCUGCAGUUUGCAGAUGAAGCAAUGUUCCUUGCCUGCUGGUGACUUGAUUAAGGGACCAAUGACCUUGGGAAUCUCUGCAAAUUGCUCUGAAAGUGUGAGAGAAGUCCAGGUAGUUCCAGCGAUUGAUGUGAAUCAGGGAAAUUCUGUGAAUUCUACAAAUUCCACAGACAAUGGGCAGCUGCAUAGGCAGAUCUGUGUGUGCAAGUUUCGGAGUGGGGCCAGUGUGGAGGAAAUCUGUGUCCACAGACCUCCAGUUUCAGUAGCUGCCACUGAUCCUUCCAAUGGUCCUGUCUGUGCAGUAGCAGUAGUAGCGACAGCAGCAACAACAACUGAGUUUUCUCCGCCAUCCAGCCCCAACCCUUUGAAAAAGGGGACUACAAUUAAUUGGUCCUUUCCAGAAAAGAUAAAAUCUCCACGAACUGUGAGGAAGCUUUCGAUGAAAAUGAAAAAACUUCCUGAACUCAGCAGAAAAUUGAGUGUUAAAGGGACUUCAAACCAUAACUGCAAUGAUAAUCACAAUUUGUCAUCCAAAGGCAACCAUGGUUCUUCCUUGUCUCCUGGAAUUGUGACCAAUGCUGCCAGUAGGAAUGUCAUCAGUCGUUAUCAUCUGGAUUCAAGUGUUGUAUCACAGAACUACAAGAAAAAAAGUUCAGCAAACUCCAAAUCAGCCAGUAAGGGUGGUUACCUUAGUGAUGGAGAUUCACCAGAACUCGUAGCUAAAUCGGGUAAGCACUCCUGUGAAAGCAAACCUGCAAAGGGGAACAUUGCAACCUCGCACAAAACACACAGUACAGAAAUUGAUAUUGAUGCUUUCCGGCAUUACAGCUUUGUGGAUCAGCCUAAGUGUUCUCAAUAUAUUUCAGGACUAAUGAGUGUGCAUUUUUACGGUGCUGAGGAUUUAAAGCCACCAAGAAUUGAUUCUAGAGAUGUAUUCUGUGCCAUACAAGUAGAUUCAGUCAACAAAGCCAGGACAGCCUUAUUGACCUGCAGAACCACAUUUUUGGAUAUGGACCACACAUUUAAUAUUGAACUAGAGAAUGCACAGCAUCUCAAGCUGGUUGUUUUCAGCUGGGAGCCAACGCCUCGUCGAAACCGUGUUUGCUGCCAUGGCACUGUUGUGCUGCCGACGCUCUUCAGGGUUUCCAAGAUGCAUCAGCUUGCAGUAAAACUCGAACCCAGAGGGCUCAUUUAUGUGAAACUGACUCUGAUGGAGCAGUGGGAAAAUUCAUUGGACAGUCCAGAUGGAGAGCGGGAACCAGUGAUGUUUGGUGUUGAGGCACGGAAAAUAGUUGAGAAGGAAAAUACGGGCUUGAGCGUGCCAUUAUUGAUGCACAAAUGUAUUGUGGAAAUAGAAAAGCGAGGCUGCCAGGUUGUGGGCCUUUAUCGUCUUUGUGGCUCUGCUGCGGUUAAGAAAGAGCUUCGAGAAGCUUUUGAGCGUGACAGCAAGGCCGUUGGCUUAUCUGAAAACCUAUACCCGGAUAUCAAUGUCAUUACAGGUGUUCUCAAGGAUUAUUUGAGGGAACUGCCAUCUCCUUUGAUAACAAAGCAGCUGUAUGAAGCAGUUUUAGAUACCAUGGCUAAGCAACCCCUCAAGAUUACCUCUUCUGGAUGUGAGAAUGACUUCAGUGACUCUGAAUACACAGUUGGUCUCUUGGACUGUCUGCCUGAAGUGGAGAAGGCAACACUGAAAAUGCUACUGGAUCACCUCAAACUUGUAGCUUCAUACCACGAGGUGAAUAAGAUGACCUGCCAGAACUUGGCAGUAUGUUUUGGCCCAGUGCUUCUAAGUCAGCGUCAGGAGACUUCCAACCAUAGCCACAGGGUUUUUACAGACUCGGAGGAGUUGGCCAGUGCGCUGGACUUCAAGAAGCACAUAGAAGUAUUGCAUUAUCUACUUCAACUUUGGCCAGUGCAAAAUAUGGGUACCAAAGAGCAUAUGGAAAGCAAUGGAUCUUCUGAACAGAAUAAGCCAAUUAAUUAUGUGAGGAGGAGGAAGCAGAGACCUGCAGUGCUAAAUUUGGCAAAUGCUGAGGCGAUUGGGGUACUACGACCCAGGCAGGUCAGACUCGACAGUCCUAGUAACCGUUAUGCUGGAGACUGGAGCAGCUGUGGUGAAAGUUACCUUCUGAGAUCAAAGGAAGAUAGCAUAGAGGCAGACUAUGAUGAUGUCCCUUCAGAAGAUACUGGAAGUGACGAAGAGAAUACAGUAGCGGACAGGACAAAGUGUGUGAUGGAACCGCAUGCAGAGGCUAAGUCCAAAGAGCAAACAUAUGAAGCCUAUGUAAGGAUGCAGAAGAUUAAUCCAGCACUUGGGCAUAGAGUGAACCUAAAAGAUCUUCAAGAAAGUAUUGACACACUAAUUGGAAAUUUAGAACGAGAACUCAGCAAAAACAAACUGAAUGCCACUUACUAAAAUAAUUCUCAUUCUGGGAUAGAGGAAUAGCAUUGCAGGCCCAACGGAACAAUUUUAUUAGCUGUUUUUUGAUAGUACACUUCUGGAAAUAGAAGUAUCAUGAACCAUCUUGGGUCAUCUGGCUCAUUUCAGGCAUUCCAGGACAUUUGUAUGUAAACUUUUUUUUCUUCUUAUUGGAAGAAUUCCAGCAGAUUGACCCUUAGGGGUAUGUGGUGCCUUAGAGGCAUCUUUUUUAAGUGUACUGUAGACUGAGCACUGUGUUCAGGUAGGAAUGUUAUCUGAUGCACUUAUAAAGCAGGCUUUUAAUAAGGACUUUUUGAAGGAGAUUAGCCAUUGCCACUCAGCAGACACACUCAAGGACUGAAACCUGAGUCAUCUUUAAGAAGCUAAAGUGUUUAAUUCUGAUCAUUCUCAUUGUUGAGGAUGGUUGCUGCUUGGCAGAUCUUUCUGCAAUGUGACAGAGUAUUUUUUUCUUUCAGCAAUAAUUACCAGUUAGUGAUUUGCUGGUCACCUUUCAUUUGCAAUGUAAUACCAAGGCUGCUAUGAAGAGACCAUUUCCACAAAAAACCCUGCACAUUUUUUUGGGUGAUGAGAAAUAUUGUAAACUGUUUCCUUUCUUAUUAACACGUCUCUGUAACUGUAUUUAAACCCAAAUCAAAACAAAUGGUAUAUUUUUCUAACCCAUUAUAUUUUUGAUAAAGUGUGGACACAUCAUUUAUAGUGACGCACCUACCAGAAGGCCAAAAACUGUUAGAUGUACUGCCUGGGAAAUGUAGCAUAUAUAAAUAUAUACAGUAAAAUGCAUGAUGAUGAGAGCUGUGAGGAAGUGUUCUCAACAUAAUGUGGCUGAUCAUUUGCAAUAUCUGCUGUGGUAUUAUGUUUUUGUCACGUCAGUAUUGAUAACUAAGCCUAUUAACAGAGCAUUAAAACGGGUGUUUUAUAUUCAAAUUGUCCAUAUCUUUAAGCAGAUAGGAAAUGUGAAUGGAUAAUGACUCUCAGUUAAAACUGUUAGCCUGUGUUUUUAAAGAAAGGCUGAUUUGUGUAUAGUGUUGGGUACAUUUUACAUUCAUUUUUUUUCUAUUUUCUGUCACCUUUCUGUAACGUUAACUGAUGAAUUUCCAUUUUAAUGACAGUUAGAUGAGAAUCUACAAAGAAAUGCAAUAUAAACAUUGGCACGCUAAAUGCAAAAUUUGAAAUUCCUUCAAACCAAAUACUUUGUACAAAGUGUAGAGUGGAUUUUCAUUUAAAAUCUUUUUGUAAACAAAUUAUUUGUUAUAAUCCACUGAAUACAGAAAGCUGAGUCAUAGGAACAGAGUAUCCAAACAAUGUCUGACUAAAUGGAGAUCCUCAAGUUGUCCUCUCAAGGAAGAUGGUCUCCUAACCAACAUUUGUCCUUGUAUUGUAAAAGGAAUUGUAUGUCUCGAUUUUUUUUUUUAACCUGGCUGAUGCUUUAAAAGCUGGUUAGAAAAUUGAUAGAGAUCUGAAAGUAAUCCAUCAAGAAACUCUGCAGUCCCCCUCCCUGUCCUCUUGACUACCAGUUUUGAACUGAUUCUAACCAAUGCCAAGGAUUUUGCUUACAGCAGUAUGCAGAAAUCCAUUCAACAUUCAAAGAAUUGACCAUUCUUUCUAUCAGAAAUGAUUUUGUCAUCAAUUCUAAAUUUGUUUAUUACCAGUUUGAACUGGCAUCCCUUUUUCCCCCCACAAUUUAGUUUGAAGUAGCAUUUAGGAUUUACCGUUUUCUGGUAUCUCCAGAGUCUACAUCUGACUGACAUUCACUGGACACUACAGUCAGUUUUUUUAAAUUCAUUCAUGGGAUGUGGGCUUCACAGGUCAGCAUUUAUUGCCCAUCCCUAAUUGCGCUUGAGAAGGUGGUGGUGGGAGGUUAAAUCAGCGGUCAUCUCAAACAGGCAAGUCUUUCAUUUAAAUAUUAAUUUUGAAAUUGGGAGCGAUAGCUAUGUCUAAGUUUAUGCAAAGGGUACAGUCACGUUGGGGUGAAUAGAUUUUAAUAUCCGCCACCCCCCCCCCCCACCAAAAUUAUAUUUUCAUUGGCUCAAAGUAUUUAUGCUAGUUGUAAUUUAUAUGCUGCAAGGUGCUGAUUUCUGGCUCAUUAAUACCUUUUUGAAUCCAAUUAAAACAGCCCUGCAUAAUCAUAUCCAUUUCAGUAGCCCUGACCAUUACUUCUCUGCACCGUAUUCCUGCGCCUUGGGCUUUGUUUCAUUCCUUUCCCUUAGUUUUUGCCUGUUUUCUUAGUUCUUUGUGCUUCUUGCCUAGGCAAGGGCUGCCAGUGAAUUGAGAUGGCUUAUGAGGCUCUUGGCUUUCAGAAUUGUGAUUCUCCCCUUUAAUUGACCUAGUCCCUUUUAAUUUAAAUUACACUAGGUUUUCAGUUACAUGACUUAUUCAAAUCUGCAGCCAAAAUUAAGCUAAUGAAUUGAUUACAGCAAAUUGAGUGCAAACAGCAUAUUUACAUUUGAGUCAGUCAAGCAUGCCAACAGACAUUCUGGCAUAGCCUAGAUUUCCCUUUGUAGGUUAACAUCUGGAAUGAAAAUUUACAGUAUCCUUGAAAUAUCUAGUUCCAUGACACGGGAUGUGGAAAAAUACUUAAUUUGAAGAAUAAUAAAUACAAAAAUAAAAAUUAAAUAAUCUACUCUUGAGGGAUUACAUUUGGCAGUUUCAUUUGCAUCCAGAGCAGUAACAAUAGGAUUAAGAUUUUAAACUAUAUAAUACUGCUAUUUUUACUUUUCAAACAUCUUGACCUUAAUUUUUUGUUUGAAAAACAGAUGGAUGUAAUCUUAACCACUUAAUGAAAAUAUUAAGCCUUCUUGUAACAGAAUGAACUUAAAAAGUCAGUGCAGUAAUGUCACAGGUGUGUUAUCCUGUUCCUUAACUUGCUUUUAAAAUGAUCUACCAAUUUGUAUACAGUGUAUAAUAUGAACAAAUUGGAUUGUGUUGUUUUUAAUUAACACUCCUCACAGCUUAAAGAUUCUUUGUAAAAGGGUUUUCAGGCUCUAAUUUAUCAGUUGAAAUUUUAUUCCUGUGUUUUCGUAAUCCCAUAUGCAUUAUCUGUUACACAAAAAUAUAGUUACUUUGAACCUGAUAAAGUAUCACUAAACUUGUAAAUAUGACUAUAUGUGCUGAUUUUCGAGUAAUGUGCUGUACUGUGACACAAAUAUUAAAAAUGCAUAUUUAACAAA